CGUAUUAUAUAAAGAUUCGAAUAACAAAAUAACGGUAAUACGACGUAUGUGCACACAAAGCGCAAAUAUCUGCUUGGAUCAUUUAGAAGGAAGCAAGGAAAGAAAGAAAGACGACCAGCAAAAUGAAAGUAGCAGAUUCUGUCGUUAAAAAGAGCGCCAAUUCUAAGGAUAAGGUGAGAGAAUCUUUGCACAUGUUGCAGCCAUCAGCCACAGAUAAAGAAAACCUAGUCGCUGCUGGCAGGAUGCUCAGAUCUACAAAACAAACUAAAAAAAUAAAAACUGAAAAUGUUGUAUCAGAGAAAACAAAACCUACUCCUCCUAAUAAGUCUUCUAAAAAGAUAACAUUUCAAAACAAGACAACGUUUCAAGACAAGGAUACACAGACUGGAGGGGCAAAGAUAAAAAUUAGUGUCGAAGAUUUAACAUCUACAGCUGGCCCUAGUGAAAAUUAUUGGGAAGUCUUAGCUGAAAGACGACAAAUGGCACUUGAUGAUGCAUUUGAAAAAAUUAGAACAUUAGAAGAACAUAUAGAGAAAUUAAGUGAACAAAAUGAAAGAUUAACAGAGCAAAAACUCAUCCAUGAGGAGAUGUUGAAAGAGACAAGAGCACUUAUUGAAGUACUGCAGGAAAUGAUUCAUGGCGAUAGUAACGGUAUAAAUAAUUCAUUGGAUGACAGCGUUUGUUAAGAUCAAAUAUAUAAUUUUUUAUACGAUUAACAUAUUGUUAAAUACUAAUAUAUUUAUACAAUAUUAAGUAUGACAAGACAUAUAUAAUAAUGACAUUUGAUUUGUAUCUCGAAGUUUUUUUAAUGUUUAUUU